AUGUCCAAAAUAAUCAAUCUUCACUUGAGUACAGAUGGUGCUCCGGUACAAGCGCUCGCCGUUCCUGCUGAAGACAUGAGGCGAUUGUUGUAUCAUCCUCUGAAAUGGCUUCGAUAUGUCUCAUUCGCAAUCUUUGGUGCAGCUGGACAACUGUCCCUGAUGGCAAAUGGUCCUGUCAUCGACAACGAGAAUACACCUCUAGAAAAACUCGUCACAGAUUACUAUUACGUUCCCAAUUGCGAACUGCACCUGGUUGAUCCUCAUGCUCUGAAUGAUCGUGUCUCAUCCUCUCAUCAAACGGAGCGCAACCACUACCCCUCGGUGGCUUGCCAGGCUGCACACUUAAUUCCCGGAAGCAAAGAUCAUGAGUACAUUCGAGCAGUUUACGAGCAACGCAUUCAUCUAUAUCCCUUUUCAGAAAUGGAAAUCACCGACAAAGGUUCCAUUGACUGUGCCCAGAACGGGAUUUUUUUGAAUGCUGCGUUGCAUUUGUUCUUGGGAGACGGUAGUAUGGUCCUACUAAGAGUACGGCAAGUUUGCGACAUGUCUUUGAACUUCUUCCGAAGCAUACGCAUACAGACACCUAAUUUCGCUCUACAACCCGAGGACGUUCCCAGAGUGGAGACAGGUCCUAUGCUACCAACCCGUCUCACUCUUCAGUACCUAAAGUCGAUGGAUGAAUACCCAGUACCACCACAAAAGGAUGCUCGUGUAACCAACAGCCACAUUCCACCUCCUUCUCCGUUCAUUCUUGACUACAUUUAUGGAGCUGCCGUGUAUCGACGUUGGGCUAAAAACAGUUCUGACAUUGAGACAAUGAUGCAGGCUCGUUCUAAACAGUUCUAUAGCCUUUCUCGUCCCCCGCCCUCCCCCCACUCCAGCGACAAUGACAUGCCGGAUGAUGAUCCCAACGAUCCUGAUUAUGAACCUGGGCAAGGCACAAUGGCAAGCCGUAGCAACAAACGCCAGAAGCAUGACCACACAUCCCAUGAAAUGCUUGAUGCUAUGGAUGCUAUCUUUGUUUUGUCUAAGCUUGUCAGAGGAUCCACUCCCCCAGAAAUAGCUGAGGAACGUGAACAACGGAUGAAAGAAGCGGAGUUGCGAGAGCAGGAAGCUAAUCGAGUGAAUGUUAAUCAGUGGUUGCAUGGGCGUCCAAUUCAAUGAACUUAGCCUCGUGAGGAUAUUUUAUUCGGACUACGAUGAGGACUGUUGCACUGUCAUUCUUAUUCUUAACAAAUAUUUUACUCUUAGAUGUUCACUAUGAUCCUCGCCGUAAAUUACACGUGUUCAUAGGUCAGUUAAUAUCAAAGAUACGACAGGCCGAAGCUCUGGGGCCGUGUCGCCACCCGGACUAGAUUGUGAAGGCAGAAAUGCCUAUCCCAGGUUUUAUCCAGACAAAA